AUGAAUUUGAUUCCUACUUACUAUAUGCAAAUUAGUUGGAUCCCUUCAUCUAUUUGCUCUCAAAUUGACAUGAUGACUAGAAAAUUCAUAUGGAAGGGCAACUCCAACAAAGGGAUUCAUUUAGUUGGGUGGAAUGUGGUCACUCAAUCUAAGGAAGAUGGCGGCCUUGGUGUACGUCUUGCAAGAGAAGCAAACACAACAAUGUUGGAACUUAUGGCAAUUUACCAUGACCUGAAGAUUGCGAGAGACUUGGAUUUUUCGAGCAUCUUGUGUUACUCAGAUUCCCAAAUAGUCUUGGAUCUUAUUUUGAAGGGACAUAACAUCUAUCACUGCUACGUUGCUGUUAUUACUAACAUUCAGGAUAUGCUGAAGUUGAAUUGGGACGUUACUCUAUCUCAUUCUCUCCGGGAAGGAAACUGCAGUGCUGAUUGGCUUGCUAAGUUGGGUUCGACGAAUGAUGCCAAGAUAAAAUUUUGGGAGCCCCCUCCAGAAGCUUUAAAAAGCAUUCUUCUGUCUGAUGCUUUAAGGAUGCUUCACCCUAGAGUUUAG